CCCCAGACUUCGCGCCGCGCACUGCGCGGCCCCCGCGGCGCCUCAGUAUCCAGGAAGAGCAGGGUGCGCCGGAACGGCUGGAGGAACUACAACUCCCAAAAGGCUUUGCGGAGAAAAGGUGCUCAUCACUAGCCAAUGAGGGAGAAGUGGCGGGCGCGCGCUGGGACGCCAGCCCGAAGUCGAGGCAACGCGCUCCGAGCCAAUGGGAGGGGACGAGGGCGGGGCUUAGGAGGACGCGCUCAGGUAUGAUUGGCUGGAUGCGUGCAGGUGGAGCUAAAGUGAGGCGCCCUUAUAGCUCAUUGGCUGGGAGCGCGGGGGCGGGGCUCCGAGGAGCGCACGCGACGGUGGCGGUCAUGGAGGGAACCAGCGCCUGCUUCCGGAAGGAACUGGUGAGCAAGCUGCUGCACCUGCACUUCGAGGACGAGAGGACCAAAGUCAGCGGGGACGCGCUGCUGCUCCUCGCCGAGCUGCUCAAGGUAUUUGUCGUGGAGGCCACCGUCCGCAGCAUCAGGCAGGCCCAGGCGGAGGACCUGCCCACUGUGGACGUGGAACAGCUGGAGAAGGUGCUGCCGCAGCUGCUUCUGGACUUCUAGGGGCUCCCACCCGCACGGAGGCCACCUGUCCGGCUCCGACCAGCCCAGCGCCCAUGUCUUCUGUGGCCUCUGGCUUCAGACGGGAAGGGCCCGG